UUUCAAACACCAAACCUUUCUACCAUUUCCAAUAAUGGCCGGAACACUAAGUCUCUGGCGGAGAGAGGCCAUGUUCUUGUCGGCGAUGCUCGCGGUCGAAAUCAGCGUCGUUGGAAUGAGUACAUUGUUUAAAGUAGCAACUUCAAAGGGACUCAACAUUUACCCUUUCCUUGGCUAUUCUUAUCUUCUUGCUUCUCUUCUCCUUCUUCCUUCUUUUUUUUUCACCAACAGGUCAAGAUCACUUCCUCCACUAAGUCUCUCAAUACUAUGCAAGAUUGGACUUCUUGGAUUUCUAGGAUCAAUGUAUGUGAUUACAGGAUACAUAGGCAUCGAAUACAGUAACCCAACUUUAGCUUCAGCCAUUAGCAAUAUCACUCCUGCUCUUACCUUCAUCCUCGCCGUCAUCUUUAGGAUGGAGAAAGUAUCAUUCAAAGAGAGGAGCAGUGUAGCCAAAGUUAUGGGGACAAUCUUGUCAGUGAUGGGUGCACUUGUUGUGAUUUUUUACCACGGUCCACGUGUCUUUGCGCCGCAUGUAAACUCCCGUCAGCUUCCUCCACCGUUGUUGUCAUCUUCAAACUCUGAUUGGCUCAUCGGAGGAGCUCUUCUAACCAUACAAGUCAUCUUCAUCUCUAUUUCGUUCAUUCUACAGGCACAUAUAAUGAGUGAAUAUCCAGCAGCAUUCACUGUCUCGAUUCUCUACACUGUAUGUGUUUCAUUCAUGACCACCGCGAUUGGACUAGUAGUCGAAAAGAACAAUCCAAGCGUUUGGAUCAUCCAUUUCGAUAUUACUUUGAUAACAAUUCUAACUGUGGCAAUAAUAACAUCAGUAUACUAUGUGAUUCAUUCAUGGACAGUACGACACAAAGGACCAGUGUACUUAGCGAUAUUUAAGCCUUUGUCUAUUUUAAUAGCCGUGGUUAUGGGGUCGAUUUUUCUCAACGAUUCUCUCUAUCUUGGAUGUUUGAUUGGAGGAGUUUUGAUAACGUUAGGCUUUUACGCUGUGAUGUGGGGCAAAGCAAAUGAAGACAAGAAGUUGCUAUCAUUUUCAGAAAAAGAGAGAACCCCUCUUCUAUUGAACUGCAAGAACGACCAAGUUUGAAAAAAAAAAGAUUUGUUUUUAAAUACUUUGUUAGUUCAAAAACAAAUACCAAAUUUAUAAAAAUUU